AUGCCUCUCUCGGUCUUGUCAGACUCGGAUGUCCGAGAGAUAUUGCUAGGUCUGACAUACCAGGAUGUUGUUGAUCUUGGACUCAGUCUCGGAUCUGCCCUCCAUGACUAUUCAACUGGCGACACCAACGCGUCAUGCUGUGCCAGUUUCCAGCCUACCAGGACGAUCGUAAAGAGACACAAUGCAACCUCUUUAUUCAUGCCGGCUACGAGUAGCACCGCGGUGGGCGUCAAGGUCGUGACCUUGGAGCAACCACAAGAUAGAUCAAGCAACGCCAGCAUAGCUAGCAAGAAGUCAUCAGUCAGCUCAGCAUCGACUGGGAUUGAGGCACUACAACUAACGCCAGCACAAUCGACGUCAAGCUCAGAUGCAACUUCAAUUUCAGGCGAGUCUUUUCGACCUCCCUCCUCAGUUGCCAGCUCGCAGUCCACAACACCCAAAGGUAUAAUCACGAUAAUGGACUCUGUGGGCAACCCGCAAGGCAUCCUCAAUGCAGAAGAGCUCACGGCUUUCCGGACCGCACUGGGAGCCACAUUCAUGCUUCAGAGGAGGACCAAUGUGCACACUAUCACUAUUUUUGGUGCAGGAAAGCAGGCUUACUGGCACAUCCGGCUCGCACUGAUUCUAAGGGCAUCCGAAAUACACCAUGUCAAUAUUGUCAACCGAAGUUUUGACGGCGCGAUUCGGCUGAUGAAGCUGUUCCAACCAGGCCAUGGUGGCGAAGAAGAAUGGAAACAUGUCAAAUUCAGUAUUGUCACGCCCGAGUUCGGUGAGUAUGGUCGCUUGUUGAAGGAUGAAGUGCGUAAAGCAGAUGUUAUAUUCUGCUGCACACCAUCAACAGAACCACUCUUUCCACACGAGUUCUUGACCAGUCAUGAAGGACGUAGGAAGGGACGAUACAUAUCAGCUAUAGGCUCGUAUGCGCCACACAUGAUCGAGUUACACCCAGAAAUUAUCAAGUCGGCAGUCAAAGCGGACCAAGGACACAGACAUUACCACAAACAUGCACGGCAAGAAGGAGUGAUCAUUGUCGAUACUUUAGACGGUUGCUUGAAGGAGGCAGGAGAAAUCAUCCAAGCCAAGAUCACACCUGAACAGCUGGUGGAAGUGGGCGAGUUGAUCAUGGUGAAGAGGUCAGUCCACAAAGAGAUUGAAGCUGGCGGUGAAGGCGAAAGAGGAUUACUGGACUGGUUGCAAAAAGGAAACGUGAUAUACAAAAGCGUUGGAUUAGGGUUGAUGGAUCUUGUCGUCGGUGGUGAGCUGAUAAGAUUAGGCAAGGAGAGGUCCAUUGGCACAGUUAUCCAGGACUUCUAG